CCCGCGCCGCGGGCCCUUGGCUUUGCCCUUCGCACGGCAGGUGGCGGGGCCAGCGGAGAAGGAUGCGCGUCUUCCCGUGGGGAUUUUGGCUGCUGUGUGUCGCCUCCGCCCCGGCUCGCGGUGACAGCGGCAGCAAGGCGAGGAGCUGCGCCGAGGUCCGGCAGCUGUAUGGAGCCAAGGGCUUCAGCCUCAGCGGCGUGCCCCAGGCCGAGAUCUCCGGGGAGCACCUGCGAAUCUGCCCACAAGGCUACACCUGCUGCACCAGCGAGAUGGAGGAGAACUUUGCAAACAAAAGCCGAAGUGAAUUUGAAGCCAUGAUGAAAGAGGCUGGUCGCUCUGUGCAGGCAACCCUAACAGCACAGCACAGAAGCUUUGACAGUUAUUUCCAGGAUUUGUUGAACAAGUCAGAAAAGGCCCUUUAUGAUGCCUUUCCAAGCAUGUACGGAGAGUUGUACACCCAAAACGUGAAGGUGUUCAAGGACUUGUACGGCGAGCUGCGCCGCUACUACCGCAGCUCCAACAUCAACUUGGAAGAGGCCCUCAAUGAGUUCUGGACACGGCUGCUGGAGAGGCUCUUCAAGCUGCUGAACCCCCAGUACCACAUCACGGACGAGUACCUGGACUGCAUGGUCAAACACGCCGAGCAGCACAGACCCUUCGGGGAGGUGCCCAGGGACCUGAAGGUGAAGGCAACGCGAGCCUUCAUCGCGGCGCGCUCCUACGCACAGGGCUUCCUGGUGGGCAGCGACGUGGUCAGAAAGGUGUCUCAGGUGUCCCUCAGCCACGAGUGCACCCGUGCCAUCAUGAAGCUGAUGUACUGCCCGCACUGCCGGGGCAUGUCCAGCGUGAGGCCGUGCAACAACUACUGCCUGAACGUGGUGAAGGGCUGCCUGGCCAACCAGGCCGACCUCAACACCGAGUGGAAGUACCUGAUGGAUUCCCUGAUCGGGGUGGCCGACCGGAUCGACGGACCCUACAACGUGGACACUGUGAUAGGCACCAUCCACAUGAGGAUCGCUGAAGCCAUCUCUAACUUGCAAGAAAACAAAGAUUCAAUCACCAGCAAGGUAUUCCAAGGCUGUGGAAAUCCCAAAAUCAGCACAAAAGGCUCCAGCAGUGAGGACAAGAAGAGACGGGGGAAGGUGACAUUGGAAGCCAAAUCCUCUGCACAGGCACUGGAGAUGCUGGUUUUAGAUGCCAAAGGCAAUCUGACAGCUCUCAAGACAUACUGGAUCACCCUGCCCAGCAGCCUGUGCAGCAAAAAAGUCAUGGCCAGCUCGGCGUCGGAUGACAAAUGUUGGAACGGGAUGACCAAGGGCAGUUACCUGCCCGAAGUGAUGGGGGAUGGCUUGGCUAACCAGAUUAACAACCCAGAGGUGGAGGUGGACAUCACCAAGCCAGACAUGACCAUUCGCCAGCAAAUCAUGCAGCUGAAGAUCAUGACAAACCGCCUGGGCAACGCCAACAUCGGCAAUGACGUGGAUUUCCAGGACACAAGUGACGACAUGAGCGGCUCCGGGAGUGGGGACAGCUGUCCUGAUGACGUCUGUGGCAAAAGACUUUCUAAGAGCCCCAGCACCAGGCAGCCAGAAACACACGCCAUUCCCAAGCAGUCUGGACACGGCGUCAAUGGGGCCAGCAGCAGAUCCUUGCCUUCUGCCUCCCUCCUCCUCCUCCUCUCGCUGGCUGUCAUCGCCGCGCAGCAUUUGUGGCGGUAACUCGCUGGCACGGCCAGGAAACAGACUGCGGCUGAGGGCUUCACUUUGCCAAAACCAACCAACCAACCAACCAACCAACCAAAGGACAUAUUUAAUUCACCUUGGCAAAAAAAAAAAAAGGAAAAAAAAGAAAAAAAAAAAAACAACUACGAAUCCAAACAAAAAAAAAAGGGAGGAGAAAAAGGUUUUCAGAAGGUUUCAGUUGUUCGCUAUUUCUGGCAGUGCUCGAGCUGUUUUCUUCUUUCUUGGUCUUUCCCCAGUGCUGGGCCCUUCUUUCCAUACCUCACUGUUUUACUUUUGUUAUCGCCACAAACUGGCUCUUGGGGCUGGAACAAGCCUUUGCAGAGGGCUCCAGGGGAACUCUGCCGAGCCCUCCGAGGGCAGCCGUGCCGCUGCCUCCCGUGGAAUAUGCAAUUGCCCUGCCCUCGUUCCCCGGUGCGGGCCGGAGCGCCGCCGCCGCCGCCGAGACGCCGGGAUCCUCGGCACGGCUCACGUGCUGCAUUCAGGGCUCUCGGGGUUCUUCCUCUGUGCUUCCUAGCUGGGCAGAGACGGCCCUUCACUUCCAGUGGUGUACGUAGGAGCGUGAGCAGGUUUGGUGGGUUGAGCGGAAAGAGUUUGGCUGCGGCUGUUGGACCCAAAAAUGCAGAGCUCCCUUUUUCUUUGGAAAGGUCACAAGUGGGUUUCUUGACUAGAGCUUGUAGCUGACGACAAUUUGAAAUGUAGGUUUCCUACAUCUAAGUGACUGGGAAUGAGUGUUAGGGGUUGGGGUUUGGGGUACUUUUUCUUUGCAUGCUAGUUGGAAAGCCAUUUUUUACCCAAGUAACAAUGGUCCAAUUCUACCUGCAGUGCAGUACCGUUGUAGGUAACAGAGAGAUGCAAACGUGCACAGUGGGAUUCUCUGUGUGACACACAGUUGUGCUGCCUCCUCCUUCUCUGGCCCCAGCCAUAGACAGGAAUUCGGGUUUUUUUCUGGUAACAAGAGAGACCAGAGAUGUUUUAGUGACUGGAGCUUUGGGACUGGUUGUGCCCUUUCAAGCAGCUGCCUCAGGGCAGAGGGGGGCUCGUGGGGAUCCCUGUGGGCGCUGGGUCCCUACCCAGAGCUCUGGCUCAAGGCAGCAACCAGCAGGGGGAAUGUGGGGAUGGGACACAUUUUGUUUGGGAUUUCUUUUUACCUUUGGCGUUUGUUCCAGUUGCAUCGUAGGUUUUUAAUGGGUUCCCACUUUCCCUGUUCCUUCCCCAUCAUCCAAUACACCUUUUGGCUCAGGGGAGGGCCUGAGCCUCACCACUCAGCAGCCUUUGGGUGAUGUGGGCAGCUGCCCUAACCCCAAAUUGCUUGGUGGGGUGGGCUCUGUGCCAGGUUUUGAGGCUGGGGGUGGUGAGAGAAGUUAUAAAUGUCCUCAUGUAGCUGCAGGAGUGUCUGUGCUUGUUAGGGCUGUGUGUUUGGGGCCUCCAGAGGCUUCUGUGCCUGAUGAGCAGCGAGCGUGGGCUGGAGCUGUAGGUGUAGAGACGUUGGAUACAACACAGUCACUGUGACACACAGCUGGGCUUUGAGCUUCAGACAGGUUUGUAUUGGAGAGAGAGGGAGCGCAGAGCUGGGCCUGCCUCCUGCUUUUGCACAGCAUUUGAGCAUUUCUUCUCUGUCUUGCAGAGGAGAUGUGCCUCUGGGCUGAGCAAACAUUAUGGGGUUGGGGGUUGGCUGUUUUCUAAGAAAGGGAAAAACCCACCCAUUUUUAACAUUAGCAGUUUCUAAAGUGUGCAAUUUAAGGAAAGAUGAAGACAUGAGCCAGGUAAUGCUGGAAGUCAGUUCAUUUCCUGCCCUCCCUGGGGCCUGGUGGUGGCACUGAGGGUGUCUCAAACUAGGCAGGAUUUUAGGCCAGCUUUCACCAGCCUCUCCAAGUCACAGUGAUUAGUGGAUUAAUGUCACUGACUGUGCAUCCUUUCUGCCUCUCACCUUCUUGUAAGGCAGAAUCAUACCUGACCUGGUUGGGUGUCAGAAAUGAACACUGGGGUGCUGGACAGCAGCUGAAGGACAGACAGUGCCACUACACCCAUCAGACCCCUUGAGAGGAUAAAUGUCAAUUGUGGUCUUGUCUAGGUUUAUUUACUCCUAGACAUAUAGCAAAUUCACAUGAUUUUUACUGCUCUAAAGAGUUCCUAUCUUUUCUUUUUAAUUUUUUAAAUCAAAAUUGCAAAUACAAAUUUAACCUUCAGUUACAACAAUCCCCACAACCAAUCCUGCAGAAGCUUGACAUCCAAAGCGAAAAAAAAACCAAACAAAGCAGGGGAGGGAGAAAGAUAUUUACAGCUAUUAAAACAUUGUACCCUCUUCAAAACACAGUUGGGUUGGGGUUUUAGAUGCAGAGGUCAGUGUUUUGCUUUGCAGAAUGGGAGCUUGAAAGCCACUUCCAUUUCUGUGCAAUUAAUUUUUGCUGUCAGCCUCUUAUCCUCAAAAGCUUCUUAUGGGCCCCUUCAUAUCUUAAAUGUGAAGCCAGGAAUUCACUGAUUAUCCAGUUAAUAUUUUAACAAUAUAAUAGCCCAAACUAGUGGUUCUCUUACAAGGAAAAAAAAAAUCUGAUAGUGCAAAUUAAUAAGGCAAAACCUCAAAGGAACAGUAAAAUCUGUUGUGCAGGGGCAAGUAAAAUCUGUUAUGCAGCUCCAUCUCCGGGCUGAGGUUGAGCUCCCACUUCCACAUCCUGACCCUGAGGGUGGCAGCUUCCACCUUCCAGAAGCCUGGCCAGGGUGAGAGCAGGAUGCAGCCUGAGGUGGGGGCAGUGCAGGGGGCUCGGUCCCCUCUGCCCAGAGAUGCUCCGUGGUGGUGGUGACGCUUCCUCCUCAGCCCUGCAUCCGCUGGGGGUGAAUUUCUAUCUCUCCACGGCCAGCCUCCACUGCUGCUUUUUGUCGGUCCCUGGUUACUCAGUUUUUCUGUUCUCUCUUGCCCUGAAGUUGUUUCCCCAGCUGCUGCCAUUGAGUGGCCUGGGGCUGUGUUUGGCCCUGCCACCUUCCCCAGGAGCUGCAAUGGCCGAGAGCCCCCAGGAUAUCCACUCGCAACUAAAGCAAACUGUAAUUACUGCUGACUAAACAACCACUGCUGUGGCUGAACAAGCUGAAAUCAACCCAGGUCCAGACAAGUCCCAAGCCUGUGGUCGGGCUGGUGCAGAACCUGGGGCCUUUCAGUGCUUAUGAAUGACGUUUCCUGGGCUGCUGCCUGCUGGAAAACACUGUGACACACCUCCCGUGGCUGGUGGCUGCUCUGGGUUGGCUGCACGAGGAGAUCUCUGAGAACUGGGCUGGCUGGGGAGAAACACCUGCUUCAAUGUUAUCAAGAUGGUGGUCCAUGGUGUUCUGGUGUGAAAAGGCCUCACACUUGACAGGGCCGUGGAGGGGGUAGUGGUGUAGGAAAAAAAUAUUUACAAAGGCCCCGUCCCUGGGAAGGGGAGAACCAUAAACGGCGGAUUUCCAAGUGUCUCUGUCUUUCAGCCUGCUCUUUGUGCCAUAUCGUGUAUGUUUUAAACAAUGGUGAGGGUCUCAAAAGGCUUCGAGAGCACAGCUACUUCUCAUUUACAAAUGACAAGCUGCCUGUUGUUUUCUGGUGGGCUUGGUAGAGGCUAAGGUAUAGCAGAAUAUCUAAAAGUCCACCUUUGCUUUAAACAGAUGCAUUUCUAUCUGCAGGAGUAAGAAUUAUUUCACUUAUCAGCAUAGCUGGACAGUUAUCUAUUUCUUUCUGUUACCAAGGUACUUGUAACUCUCUUGCACUGUUUAUCUAAAGUUGAAAUAUGUUCUUUGAAUCCUUGUAUAAAUAAAAAGGCUGGAGACAAA